AAGUGUACUAUUAUAACUGAACGUAGACAUUCAAUCCAUAGGUAUAACAGAUUAAAGAUGUUUGCACAUAUAGUUUUGCUAGUGACUGUGUGCGCUUGUGUGAGCUCGAGCGAACCGGAAUGUUCAAGAUUUCACUAUGAAGAGAAAACGCUUGAAAAGAUGAUUAAAACUGAAAUAUAUGUGGACAAAAUAAAAUCGGAGACUGAAAACAUGCAGCAAAAAAUGUCCGAGAAACUUGAUGGAAUCCAAGAAGCCUGGAAGAAAACGGAGCGUGAAUUAAAAGAUGCGAUAGCGGACAAUAAAAUGGCGGUUCAGGAAAUCAAGGAUGAAAAAGAUGUAUCUACUACUCAGAUGCCAGUGGUAGCUUUCCAAUCCUAUUUCUUGAAGGAAACCUCCAUAGAAAAUGGACAGACGUUAAUAUUUACGAAAACUGUUUACGACAAGGGUCUUGGCUACAACAACCGAACAGGGGUGUACACAACACCUGUGAGUGGUGUGUAUCUAUUCAGUGUGCAGCUUUGUAUUUUCGUUGACAAGUUUGUGCACGUCGAAAUUGUUCAUGAAGAUGCCACAAUUAUAAAAGUGCGUUUAGUGGACGAGGACCAGAGGUACCAUUCUUGCAGUACAGUAACCGGUGUUGCCGUCCUCAGCAAAGGUGAGAGAGUCUGGGUGAAAAGCAUCAUAUCAUCGACUGGAGAAAACAUCUGGAGAAACCCAGACAUAGUAUGGAAUAGCUUUUCCGGAGUACUUAUUAAUAGAAGUGACUGAUUACAUUCUAAGCUGCAUGUUGACAUCUUCAUGUUGUUAACAAUAAAAGAAUCACUAAUAGA